UGUUCCCUUUAACUUCCUGGAGUGCUGUUACAAGGGCUGCUUUGAAGUCUGGCUGCUCAUUCCAGUAGCUGUCAGCCCAGAUCAUCCACCGUUACCUUCCCAGGCACGCGGACUCUCCUGGCACUCUGUAUGCGGAGGAAUUUGGGUUUGCUCUGAACAUUGCGAAUACUGCAUUUCAAGACUCCGGGUCUUGGUGAAGCCCUCUAGGGAAUGCUGGUGUCUUCGUGACAGUGGGCUCUCGACAGGUUUGGUUCAGGUUCUGAGUCCCAUCACCUCCUGUGGAUUUCGGUACCCACCGUGUUUCCGGGCCUGUGCAGGACCAGCCUCCCUGACUGUCUCCACUCAUUGCGUCUGAGGGGUGAAGGCUCCCCGUGCUCAGCUUCAGAUGUCGUAGGGCCCCGUGAGCUGCUCCAGAGGACCCAGUCACGGUGCCAGCAGCCCCCACGUGACGCGCCGACACGCCCGGGCUCCCGCCAGCCCCUCGCAGCCGCCCGCCAUGGAGACUGUGGAGGUGCCCGUGGGCUCGCUGAUCACCUUCGAGGCUGAGCCCCCCGCGUCCUCUCCCCUUGAGGCACCACCCCCAGCCCUGGAGGAUGGGGAUGGCUCCCUGGGGGAUGGUGCGUCAGACAGUGAGACCACCGAGUCAGCAGACAGCGAGAACGACAUGGGCGAGUCGCCCUCACACCCGUCAUGGGACCAGGAUCGCCGCUCCUCCUCCAACGAGUCCUUCUCCUCGGGCCAGAGCACCGAGUCUGCCCAGGACGAGGAGAGCCUGGCGCUCAGGGAGUUCAUGCGCAGCUACGUGGAAAAGAUCUUCUCCGGAGGGGAGGACCUGGACCAGGAGGAGAAGGCCAAGUUUGGAGAAUACUGCAGCAGCGAGAGCGGGAAGGGCCGCGAGUGGUUUGCUCGCUACGUGAGCGCCCAGCGCUGCAAUUCCAAGUGCGUCUCAGAACCCACCUUCUACCGCCUGGUGCAGUCCUUUGCUGUGGUGCUGUUUGAGUGUCAUCAGAUGGACGACUUCGGGCCUGCCAAGAACCUCAUGACGAUGUGCUUCACCUACUACCACAUUGGUAAGCCACACCCGCUGCCCUCAGAGGCCAAGGAGAAGCCUGCGGGGAGCAUCGACGCCUACCUGAAGUCAGCCAACAGCUGGCUAGCAGAGAAGAAGGACAUGGCCGAGCGGCUGCUGAAGACCACGUCGGCCAGGUCGGAGAAUGUCAAGGGCUUCCUCGGCGGGCUGGAGACCAAGCUGAAGGGCCCUCUGGUCAGGAGAAGCGAGGACGACGAGAACAGACCCAAGGAGAAGGUGCAGAAGACGGUGACCGUGUGCAGCCCAGAGGAGGAAAGGAAGGGGGAGAAGAUCUACCUGUACACGCACCUGAAGCAGCAGCCCAUCUGGCACACGCUGAGGUUCUGGAACGCAGCCUUUUUUGACGCUGUCCACUGUGAGCGGAGGAAGCGAUCUCCCACGACCAGAGGGGAUGCUGGAGAGGAGGAGGAGAAGAGGGAGAAAUGGUGCCACAUGACCCAGGAGGAGCGGGACGACAGCCUCCGGUUCAACGAGAACAUCACCUUCGGGCAGCUGGGCACCUUCACCCACAACAUGCUGGCCUUCGGACUGAGCAGGAAGCUCUGCAACGACUUCCUGAAGAAGCAGGCGGUGAUCGGCAACCUGGACGAAGAGCAGUACAAGCUGCUUAGUGACCACAUUGAGCAAAUGGCCACUGAGUAGCCAUGGAGGUCACCCCCAGGAAGACCGAGGGUCGCCAUCACCCCACCUGAUAACCCUGCAUGACACCAGCAGCACCCUGAGCCCUCCUCGCUGCCCUAAACUCGCGGUUAGAAUCAGCUGCCCUCCCCACCUCCACCUGCGUCUGUUUCCGCCAUACGAGUGCCAAAGCGUCCCUGGGUCACAGAGCUAAGACGAGGCGGCUGUCUACCCCUGAGCGUCAGGCUUGUGAGAUGAGGCUGAGGGGGGAAGAGGAAGAUGCACCCAAGGCUUCCUGCCCAGGGCUGGAGAGAGGACGGGGAGGGCACGGACGUAGACGAGGACAGCUGCAGGGAGGCUGCAGCGCUCGCCGGAUAGGGCA